AUGGCGCCUUCACAAAUCCAAGACUGCAAACUCUGCUUCAUCGGCGGAGGGAACAUGGGGGCUGCCAUCAUCGGUGGUCUCCUCGCUAAGGGAAGCACCACGAAAGAAAACAUCGUCGUCUCCGACCCCUUCGAAGGCACCCGCCAGAAGCUCGAAUCCACCCUCAAGGUGCGCACCACCACCUCCAACGCCGAAGCUUCAGCCGGCGCGGAUCUCCUCGUCCUCGCCGUGAAGCCGCAAGUCGCCAAGGGCGUCUGCGAGGAUCUCGCUCUCGAGUGGAGCAAGGCUGGGGAGAAAGACUUGCCGCUCAUCGUAUCGAUCUGCGCUGGUCUCCCCGUGGAUGCUCUGACGAAGUGGUUCACGGGUGCGGACGGACGCGCGCCCAAGGUUGUGCGCGUGAUGCCCAACACGCCUGCCCUGCUGGGUGAGGGUGCCAGCGGGUCGUUUGCGGGAAAGGGCGUGACGGAGGGGGAGAAGAGGCUGGUGACGGCCCUCUUGGAGGGCUUCAGCAAGGUUUCGGAAUGGGUCGAGGAGGAGGAGUUGAUCGAUGUCGUGACCGCGCUGUCAGGCUCUGGCCCGGCGUACUUCUUUGCGCUCGUCGAGCACAUGGUGGCGAGCGCGACGGCCCUGGGCUUGCCGCGAGAGCAAGCUGAGCGCCUUGCGAAGCAGACUUGCCUUGGUGCUGGACGAAUGCUGGUUGAGUCUGAGGAGACUCCUGGACAGCUGCGAAAGAACGUCACUAGUCCCAAGGGAACGACCGAGGCUGCGUUGAACAGCUUCAAGGACUCGGGAUUGGAGGAUAUUGUUGGUAAGGCUAUGAAGGCUGCUGCUGACCGGGGCGAGGAGCUGGGCAAGGCUUCUUUUUAG